AUGGACAACCGUGGAGGCAAGAGACGGCAAACCAUAAGACCACAGCCUCAACGACCUAAUGCACCUGGCCAGCGUGGUACUGAGCCAGAAUCGGCCGCAAUACCCGCGCCAUCAGAGCAGAAGGUUCCAAUUCCAAGACUUCAACGACCUGCUCAGAGACAACUAAACACGCGAACCUUGACUGCUAGAGUUGCACUCUAUGAGAAUCUGCUGACUGAUCUCAUGCCGAGUCUUGAUCCUGCCGGCCAGCAAGCUAUAAGAAACGCCCUCGCGGAGAAUAGAUCGGCCAUCGACGAUGAUAUCGGCGUAUCAGGUGAAGGAACCGCUUCGGGGGAAGAGAUCAACGAAGACGAAUUCUCGGUUUCAGCGGGAGCUGGCUCUCCCCGUUUUCAGGACCGUGUGCAACAGGACGCGGCAGGAUUCUCGCGGUCAUUUGGGUUUUUGGGGAAAUCGUCAGUUGUUCGGUGGUUGGAAGACACGGCGAUGAAGGUGACGAUCCCUUUUGUCGAGCCAAGCUUUCGCGCUCUGUCGACAACACACCGGGCAGUCAUAGAUGCUAUGAACAAUGCCCCUAGUCCCGAAGAUUUCAAUCGACUGUUGCUGGAAGGAUGCAAUUAUUUCCUCAGCUACCUUGAUCUGAGAGAAUUUGGCGCAUUCGGUGAGAAAGUGGACGCAUUUGAACUGCCGCCGCGGGAGACUGCCGAUGGACUAGUAGACAUCUACUUUUCCACUGUUCACUCCUUUUUUCCUAUCUUAUCGAAGUCCUGUUUCAUGAGACAGUAUGAAUCAUAUUGGCAAACAUUACAUCCACCGGAGAAUAGCAUACUUUGGAUCGCCACAUUAAAUUUGGUCUUUGCUGUCGGUGCUCUCUAUGCAAGCCUUACGAAAUAUGUGGGAGGAGGUGGUGAAGUGGACCAUGUUCUUUAUUUUAUUCGCUCUCGGAUACUAAGUCAGGAGCCCACGGCUAUGCUUGACUUACCAACCAUGGCUCACAUGCAACAUACUACUCUAUGCGGCAUGUACUUCCUUGCCAGCUACCAAAUCAACAGGGCAUGGAACAUCAUCGGUCUUGCAGUACGAUACGCACAGACUCGCGCCCUGCAUCUGGUGAAUACUACAAGCAUGACGGACGAGGAGCACGAAUUUGAGAUCAGGGCAUGGCAUGCGCUAUGCUCGAUUGAACGGCUGUUAUGUGUUCUGACUGGUCGGCCACCCGCCAUUCAUGAACGCUUCGUCAGUACACGCUAUCCUAGAGCAACUCAACCCUUCUAUCCGCAAGAGACCACUACCGGACUCAAUCUUCCUCCUUCGCUAGCAGAUGCGGAUGGGCCCGCAGUAACUGCAUUCACUGCUUCACUGCGCCUGGAUGCGAUCGUCGCAGAGGUUAUAUCAGAUCUCUACAGUUCAAGCACAGUCAAUUUAACAUGGGCUCGGGUGCAAGGGAUCGUCGCAGAUCUUAACACGAAGCUCAAUCGCUGGCAGUUUGACUUGCCGUCGAGUCUAAAAGGCUCCCCUGCGCAACAAGGAAUAUCAUCCCAGACCUCGAGGGAUCGAAUGUAUCUUGCAUUACGCUUUUUCAGUACUAGUAUGCUUAUCAACCGGCCAUGCCUAUGUGAGUUAAACGAGAUCAGUGCGAUGAUGCCUUAUCAGACGGAGCCAUCAAGAAGGCUAGAUGCUGAAGCGGCAAUGCGCUGCAUAUCUUCUGCGAGAGGUCUGCUGCGCCUACUGCCGGAUGAGCCGAAUUCUGUCAACCUUUACGCCUCGACACCGUGGUGGUGUAUACUACAUUAUAUCGCUCAAGCGGAGGUGAUCUUGGUGAUGGAAAUCGUGUUGAAAGAGGUCCACUUGCCCUCAGAGAUGGAACAGUCGAUUUCAGAUUGUGCAAAGGUUCUGCAGUACUUGAUAGCAUUAUCCGAAACUAGCCUGGCCGCUCAGAGGGCGUGGGUGGCCUUCAGUCGACUCCUAAAGCUGGCUCUGGCGAGCGCUGAAUGGGAUUUGGGGGUGCUUACUUUGUAUUUGGCAGCAGAUACUUCUCUUCCUAUGACAGAGCCUUUCCAAGCUCAAGGGUUCCCGCCCCCGAGGGCUGAGUUCUUGGGCCCGAUGGAUCUCACGGAUACCAGCCGUGCCAUGUAGACUUCCCGCGACUUGGCCCGACCUCCCU